AUGCUCAUACGCAAUCAUCGACGGAAUCCAUCAUGGUACCAAUGUGCCAGGAUCAUAGCACUCGUGCUGGCAACCUGGAGCGCGAUCGAACUUCUGUACAUUCGCAACGCCAUCGUCCGUGAGGCCGCCAGGGAACCUCCCCAUCUAGGCCGGGAGAAGAUUUUCAUAACGAGUAUACAUUGGAACAACGAGGCCAUUCUGCGGAGUCAUUGGAAUGAUGCUGUGGUGACAUUGGUCAAAGAGAUUGGGAAGGAGAAUGUAUAUGUCAGUCUACAAGAGAGUGGGAGUUUUGAUGAUUCCAAAGGCGCUUUGAGGGAUCUGGAUGCACGGCUGGACGAGCUUGGAGUUUCGAGGACGAUCCUUUUGGAUGAGACUACACAUCUGGACGAGAUACAAAAGGCUCCUGCGCCUGCGGGGUGGAUCCGCACUCCGAGAGGAGAGACGGAAUUGCGGAGGAUUCCCUACUUGGCGAAAUUACGGAAUCUGGUCAUGGAACCCCUCUAUGAAUUGGAAAAGCAGGGUGUCGUCUUUGACAAGGUUCUCUUCCUAAACGACGUGGUGUUUUCGAGCCGGGACGUACGGAAUUUGUUGGCUACGCAGGGAGGGGAGUACGCGGCUGCUUGCUCGUUGGAUUUCUCGAAACCUUUCCAGUUUUAUGAUACGUUUGCGCUGAGAGAUGCGGAGGGACAUGAUCAGCUCAUGCUGACAUGGCCGUUCUUUCGGUCAAAGAGGUCGAGGCAGGCACUAAAAGCGAGUCUGCCCGUGCCGGUAAAGAGUUGCUGGAAUGGCAUUGUUGCGAUGGAUGCGAGUCCGUUUUACAGGAAAGAGAGAAGACUGGAGUUCAGGGGCGUCGCGGAUCCCUUGGCUGUACAACAUAUCGAAGGGUCGGAAUGCUGUCUAAUUCACGGCGACAAUCCAGUUUCGCGAACAAAGGGUGUCUGGUUAAAUCCGAACGUGCGGGUCGGAUAUGGCGAGGAGGCGUACAAGGCGAUGAACCGGAAAUAUACUUCCUCUUGGCUGUCUUCUUUCCAGAUCAUUUAUGGGACCUGGGAGAAUCGCAUCCUGCGUUGGACGACAGCGCCUUGGCUGAAGGAAAGGAGUGUGCACCAAAAGUUGAAAGAGUGGGAGGAAAGGUCUCCUGAAAACUCGGAACCUGGACCUUUCUGCUUGGUCAAUGAGAUGCAGGUUCUUACUUGGAAUGGGUGGGCGCAUUUGUGA